AUGGUCUACGCAUUCAUCCUCCCAACAACCUCGCCUCUCUCAUUUCAAUCAUUUAUCUUCUCUACUACUCACCCAUCCCUCCCCCAAUCAGCCUCAACAACCCGCCAUGCUCUCCGCCUCGCGCUAAAGGCCCACAAGCGCUUACCCCGCGACCGCCAGGAUGCCCACCUACCCACAGUCCUGUCCGCUUUGAAUGAAUAUAUCCCCUACCUAUUUGCAAUCUCAAAUGGACUAAAUGGUCGCUCCGUUCCAACGGAUGCAUAUUCCUCCGCUCCCCAAGAUGCCUACACGUCAGGCGGAACGAAACUCCGCACCGGCGAAGUAGUCGACAUCACAAUCCGUGCGGAGAUACAGUCGGCAUGGAGAUGUACCUUGUCAUCCUCAGGCGGAUUGAAUCUUGGGUCCCGUGGCACUAAUGCGGGCGGAAACGGUAUCCGCACGCGGAAUGGGCGAGUGUCUGGUCGAGGCAUCCACUUCGAAUUGGCGUUUACCCUCACAACUCUGGGCUAUGUCCUGAGUAGGAUGGCACGCGCAGGAGUUCUCGCUGCUCUAUACGCAUCCUCCACCCCGUCUGCGGAGGCCCGUACUACUGCUGUGCAGACCGCGACGCGGUAUCUGUUACAGGCUAGCUCGGUGCAUAAUCUGCUAGCGUCCUCGCCGACUUUCACAGCAGCCACUGUGUCGACAGUACCGGAGCUGGAGUCUGCUACGCAGUCCGCUCUGUCGUCUCUGGCCCUGGCCGAGGCUACUUUACUGGCCGUUCUUAAGGAUGAUGCGUAUGUUGCGGCGUGUAUCCAGUCGCGCAAUCCAAAUGACAAAGACUGGAUGGUGCAUGCACCUGAGAUCCCAAAAGUGCGCGCUCUGCUAUUCGCAAGACUCUGUGUUCGUGCCGCAGAGUACGCCGAGCAAGCUGCCGCAGGCCUAGGUGCUGUUGGGUCUACUUCCGGUCGUGCAGGCCGCGUGGAUGAGGAUUUGGUCGGCUAUACUAGAGUUCUGGCUCGCGUGGCUCGGGCACGCGCCUGUCGUUUCUUUGGUGUAGAUGCUGAGCUAUCAGGCAAAGUUGGUGAGGGUAUUGCGUGGUUGCGAGCUGCACGCACUCCACUCGGGCUACGUGGAGCAGGGUCUUCACCGGAAGAUGCCGUUGGCUCAGGAGGUUCAGGAAAGGGCGGACUGUCCCGAUUAAAGCGCGAGUGGACAGAGCGACGUGAAGAACGUCGAGUUACUAAGGAUGCUGGCGGUAGUCGUAGCGAAAAAGGUCCAUUGGAUGCGGGGGAUGAUGCUGGUCGUGACGAAGAGGGACGAGUCCUCGCGAUGCUCGAAACGAAAUGGGUGAAAAUGAAUGACACAGUAAGUCAACUUUUUACCCUGCCCCACGAUCCCGCUGGGUCUCGAUAUGCAUGGAGUAUUGACUUUGUACAGAUUAACACACAGCUCAUUCCACCAUCUGCACCAUUGCUCUCUAAUCUGCCUUCUGGUCGUGACAUUCACUCCCCACCAGCACCAUACCAGCCCCCUUCUUUAGAUCAGGACCAACUCAUGCGGAUGCGUGCUCCACCAGAUGAGAGAGAUGACAUUCAAUUUGGAAGUGACGACGACAGUGAGGAUGAUGCAGGGCAGCCUGUAGGCGGUGGACCUCUGGGGGCAUUCCCGGACCGAAGUGCGACCGCAUCAAGCGUUUAUUAUUGA